CCUAAAUCAACCGCAUGUCUAUGACUGCUCACCGCCACUAUCUCAAGGCCGAUGCGUUCACACAAGUAUGAUUAGAUACCUAGGUAGGCGUCACGUCUCAGAAAGGCAUGUGGGGAGGGCGGGAGGCAGCGAAAUGCGGGGAGGAGACCAGACCUUGGGCAGAUCCCGGGGUAAAACCUGCCGGAUGAACGAUCUCGGGGUAAAGCCGGCUAGAGGACGACAAAGAGGAUCCCGGGGUAAAACCUACCAGAUCAACAUGCCCCACCCGAUGCCCAGCGAGGGCAGAUCUCGGGGUAAAGCCUCCCGGGUCAACAGUCCCCUGCCCUGUCCAAAGAAUGCCAAGCAAGGUGAGGGUAUCUCCAUAUAAGGUAACCAACAACGGCGUCACCAGGUCGAGGUUGGGGUGCUAAGAAGCUUUGGAAAUCCGUCCCCGCCAAGCUCACAAUGGCUCGGUCAAAUUUCUGGGCCCUCAUGCUCUUUGCUGGCCUCUCGGCCGCCAGAUACAUCGUCCCCGGCGGCAGGUGGCGCGACACGGAUGGUAACCUUGUCAAUGCCCAUGCUGGAUGUGUGACCAUCGACGAGGAUACCGGCAAGUUCUGGUUAUUCGGCGAGUACAAGGUUGAAGACGAGCCCGAAGGCGGUGGUAUUUCCGUCUACAGUUCAGAUGAUCUCGCAACGUGGGAGAGCCACGGUCUUGCGCUAGCCCCUGUCCCGGGCCAUCCCUACAUCUCACCAUCCCACAUCAUCCAGCGGCCGAAGGUGGUUUACAGCAAGGUCACCAAUGAGUAUCACAUGUGGUGGCACGCGGAUAACGGGACCUAUGGACUGCUACUUCAAGGGUUUGCCCAUUCUCCGAAUAUCUCGGGUCCCUACACCUUCGUGAGCGCCACCGCGCCCCUGGGCAACUGGUCGCAAGACUUCGGCCUCUUCACCGACUACAAGGACGGAAGGUCGUAUGCGCUGUAUUCCAACGGGGACCGCAAAGAAGGCCGAGAUGUUUACCUCACUUCCUAUAACGAGGAUAUUACGGCGCUCGACAAGGUGAUCCACCGAUUCGACAAGUACGAUCUAGAGGCCCCCACCAUCGUUCAGACCGACACGAGCUACUACGCUCUUAUGAGCCAUAAGACCGGCUACCGGCCCAACAACGUUGUGGCCUUCCGGGCCGACUCUCUCGCGGGGCCAUGGUCGCAGCCGUUUAUGGUGGCGCCACUCAACACCCGGACGUACAACUCGCAGUCGGGUUUCACGCUAACGGUAAGGGGAAAGAAGAAGACGACGCACCUGUACCUUGGCGAUCAGUGGGAUUCCAACUCGAUCUGGGACAGCCGGUACAUUUGGCUGCCCAUGGAAAUCGACGACCACGACAAGACACUCAAGCUGGUGUGGAACGACGUGUAUGAUCUGGACGUGGAGACCGGCGAGUGGUCGCCCGUCAAGGGCAAGGCGUACUUUGCGGCCGACGCCGGGACGGCUGGGAGUGCGUUCAAGCAGGAGGCCAACUUCGCCAGCAAAGGGAGUAUCGCCACGGGCAUUUACGGUAACGACAGCACCGUCACCUUCGAGGGCAUCGAGGGCACUGGGAAGCCACAGUGGGUGUCAUUCUACUAUCAAAACACGGACGACAUGGGGUUCGGCGAUCAGCCUGGUGGCACACCGGACCGGAUUGGCGGAACGUGGCAGCUGCGCCGCAUUUCGAGCGUGGUGCUCAACGGCAACACGGAAAAGGUCGAGACGCUAUAUCAGAGGGAUACCCACAAAGGCAUCAUCCUAUCCACCCCGCUGCUCUUGACAUUAGAAAAGGGGAAGCACAAUACAAUUACCGUAGGCGGAUUGUGGAAUGGAUUUGAUCAGAAGGGGGCUGAUCUGGACAAAAUUGUUGUCUAUCCUGUCGAGGAAGAUCGCAGGGUGCGAAGGGGAAUGGAAAAGGAUACUUAAGGCAAUCGAUAGAGGGAGAAGGGAGCUACGCGCCUAGCCCGAGAGUCGAGCCUUCGACGGACUUAAUGCCAUCGAGUCUACCCUACUACUCUACCCUACUAGUAGUUAUUCGGGAAGUCCUUGCGUGGUUCAAAAAAGCAUGUACCUUAGGUGCACUCAAAACAUG